AUGUUCCGAUAUAUCCCUUUUGCAGCACUGCUCGCCGUUGCGUGUGCCGCACCCGUCGACGAGCAGAUGAUGGUUACCGAGCCCAUUAUGGAGCAGCGCGCAAUGGACAAUAUGGGAGCGGUUGUUGUGCCAGAGAUGGAAAUGGAGCCACGUGUACCCGUUAUCGGCAUCAUGGAUGCGGCACUGCAGCAAUCCACCGACGGCGCCUAUAAUUUCCAUUAUCGCGGCGAGGAUGGCUCGUUCCGACAGGAGAGCGCUGUAGUUAUCAACAAAGGCACCGAAUAUCAGUAUCUAAAGAUCAGUGGCAGCUAUUCGUACUUCGACGCCAACGGCAAGGAGGUGGUGGUGCAUUAUAGUGCCGACGAUCGCGGCUUCGUGCCCGAGGGCAAUAACAUAAUGCCGCAGAUUUCGUCGGCGGCGAAGAUGAACAGCCAACUGCCGCGUGUGGUGGAGAAGCCGAGACCACAAGAGCAGCUUUCACAAGUUCCGCAUGUUUCACAAGUUCCACAUGUUUCGCAGGUACCAGUUAUGGGCAGCGUUUGGAAUGGUCAAAUUAUGCAGGUGUAA